ACUGAGGUCGGACGUGAGGAAAGAUGGCGAGCACGUAUGAGACUUUUAACUUGUAAGUGACAUGAAUGUGUAUUUUAGAGGAAAUUAUGUUGUUUUUUAUGUGAAUUUAUCGAGAGACGAGGAGUGAGGAGUGUGUGCGAGGACUUCAGGCUUGUGUGCUAACGUUUGCUGAGCUAAUUCCGUCAGUUAGAUAGUCUGAGCACAGCCCGGAGUUCGUCCGGUUAAAACCAGCUCAUGGUAGACCUGAUCACAGAGACACACCGUUAUUUAGGACUUAAGGGGGUGUGGUGGUGGUUGGGGGGGGAUUAAUUAAUCUCUGACAAUUAAAUGAGCCCAAAGUGAAGCUACGGAUCAGAAAAGUGAAGCAAAGCCGCCAUGUUUGUUUUGGUUAAACUAAAUCCAGCUGUUGUGAGUUUCGACACAUUAACACUCAUUAACAUCUACUUCAUCUCACCUAUGUUUACACUGAAGAUGAAACUACCAGUAUUGGAAAUAAAACAGCUUAAACAUCCACCAACACCAGUCCUCAGACUCCUUCACUCAGAGCUUCAGUGAGAGAAUAAAAUCAGUAAAUUAAUCAAUAACCUCUGCAAUCAAACCAAAUCACCAAAGUGUAGUGCCAAUGUUGCUUCAACGUGUUGAGCUUCUCCUCCUCUAGGACCACCUGAAAUGGUCUCAGCUCCUAAAAAGUUUCUGGAUCUGGUUUCUACCUGGUUUCCUCUUGUCAGGAUUCAGUUUGAACUCAUUUGUGGAUGCAGUGAUGAACUGUAUUAACAGACAAUGUUUUUUGGAAAUGAUUAUGAGUCCAUGCAGGGAUUUCCACUCCUGAGCUGUCUGUUUUUAAUGCAGUGCCCCCCGAAGGCCUGAAGAUCAGGACUAUGCAGUCUUGGUUUUGGUCCUUGUCCCUUUUGUACAGAGAUUUUUCCUGAUUCUCUGGAUGUUUUAAUGAUAUUAUGUAAUCUCUCUCUCUCCGUCUCUAUCUUUUUAUAUAUAUACCUGCAGGCGUACUACACCUGAAAAGUUUUACAUUGAGGCCGGUGAUGAUGGCAGUGAGGAAGUGCUGUCCAUUGAUAGAGUGUCUACUGAGAUGACACUCACAGGUAAGUUUAGGACAGAUGAUGAGGAUGGUCUGAUCAGAUACAGGGUAUGAGUAUAGGCCACGCAGAGCUGAAUUAAUUUAAUGUAAACAGCCUGAAUACACCUGAUGGGAGUGCAGAGGUGUUAAAUGACAGGUAGAUAAUUAUACAUUAGCUUCAAACCAGGGUAAAUAUCAUCCAACUCAGCAGGUUAUCCAAGACAGGACUGUUCUGUCAUGUACCCUCACUGGAAUAUUAUUUUGGUUAGCACUUUCGUUCUAGUACUGUCUCUAAAUUUCUCUUGUAAUUAAAGUAUACCUCCAGGAAAAUAGGUGAUCAUCUUCUUCCAUCCCAAAAAGAGCGAUCACCAGCUGUCUGCUUCAGUCAGAUAUAGCCUAGAAAUGAUGACCAGAUAAAAGUCACUCUACAGAAAAACCAACACAGAUGCCAUCGAUAACAAAAGAAAGGGCAAAUCACUGUUAGAGUUAGAGUUUGUCUGAUUUUCAUGAGAGUAUCUUGUCUUUAUGUCUAACAGUCCAGAGAGCAGAUAGUUCUCAAAUAAGCACCAUGGGUAGGAGAGCAUUCAGCAGCUCUGCUCCCUAACUCUUGAACUCACUCCUACAGACAUCUAGAACAUUGACUCUCUCCCUCUCUUCAAAUCCAGAUUCAAAACCCACUUGUUCAGAAUAGCCCACUCUUUGUAAUUACUCUGUCCAAUUUCAUGGUGUGUUUGCGUUUAUCUUCUUGUUUCUCUGUUCUGUUGAUUGAGUGAUUAUAAAGUUGCUUAUAAAUAAAAUUUACUAUUUUUAUCAUUAUUAAUAAUAAUAAUAAUACUGUUUGUCCUUUCAACACCCUGUCAUUCCAAGUCAGGAGAGAUGUCCCCGCCUCUGCUGACAGCCAGUCGAUAUGUGGACUUAUGGGGACAAUACGUAUGGUGGCGGGUAGGUUCAAAGAGUAACAUCCGUUCAUUGAAACAGGAGAUGUGCUCUGGUGCUCUUACUGAUAUCACCUGUGUUGUGUCAGGUAUGUACCUUGUGGUCAUUGUGAAGAAGAAGAAGGUGGGAGACCUGCUGGGACACGCUGUGUGGAAGGCUGUGGAGUUUGACAUCAUCUCCUACAAGAAGACAAUACUUCAUCUGACCGACAACCAGGUGAGAGGUCACCUGUUUUUAUGUCACAGUGCCAAGAUGAUCACUGACCUUUACUAACUGACAGGUGAUUGUUUUGUUUUGUUUUGGUUUUUUUUUUUCCAAACCUGGUUUGGAGCCAGUGUAUCAGUUUAAACCAGUUCUUUGUGUUUUAACCUCUUGAGAUAUGGCUUUCAGGCAGAAAAGCUCCAACUCGGGUACAAGAAAGAACCACUAGGGCUAUGUGACAGGCUGGAGGAGGGCUUAUUGUGGCCAGAAUUAAACCUCUCAUGGACUUUGUUGCCGAUAUUUCAUGAGACAGAUAGUCAAAAUUUGGAACCGAGAUGCAUUGGUAGACCAAAGUUUUAACAGUACAGACUUGCUGGAGACUGUGUGGUGAAGAAAAUGCAGAUCACACCCGUACUUUUUGGAAAAGUCAUGAGAAGAUGUUGAGAUAGAACUAAAAACAUUUUUUGGUUUAGAAGUACCAAAAAGAUGUUCAGUUUUAGAUCUCAGUAACCUGACAAAGGAAAACGUUCAUGUGAAGAUUGAUACUUGGUUCAGGUUUUACUUGCAGCAGCGAAGAAGGCAAUCAAGGAAGUGGUUUCGUGUACUUUUGAAAAACUGGCUGGACAUUGUAGAGGAUAUUUAUGAUGUGGAAAGACUCGCACAUACUUGUGAGUGUACGUUAGGCUUUUUGGUUUGAUGGAUUGUUGUUGUUUUACUGUCAUGUGUUUUUCUCAAAGAAAAGUAAUUAGGUUUAGGUUUUAAAAAAAAGAGAGAAAAAAAUGUUCUUAAGGCCAAAGUUUUCAUGAUUCACAAAGAAGAUUUGUUGAACAGACUCCAGUAGCCUCAGGAAUAACACACAUUUAAUAACAAGCACAGUAGCACACUGUUUGAUAAAGAGGAUCCAUUAAACAGUUUGUGAGCUGAAGAUGUUAAAUUGCAAAACAGACGACUGAAAGUGUUGAAUGUCUCAUUUCAGAUGCAGGACAACAAGACGUUUCUGUCCAUGAUCAACAGCGUGCUUCACACAGAUGGUUUCUACUUCGCCACAGACUAUGACCUGACUCACACUUUGCAGCGACUCGCCAACACCAGCCCAGAGUUUCAGGAGAUGAGUCUCCUGGAGAGGGUAGGUGAUAAACCUCACACAGACAAGUUUCUCUGUGGUUCACCAGCACUCAUUCAAUGCACUUUUUGAUACAUGUGAUUAUGCACAGAGUAACAGUUCAGUUUGUGACAAACUUUGUGAAUUUGCAGGCUGUAAAAUUAAAUGAGUAAAAGAAAAAAACAGUUACACAUCUUUUACCUGUGAGUUGAGUCUCUGUGUGUCACUGUAGUCCAUCUAAUCCAUCAGCAGAGCCCUCUAUUCAGCAUGGAUGCCCCAUUUUCAGAGCCAAAAUAACACAUUCAGUGUGCUAACAAGCAGGGGUGUGUCCAGAUUCUUUUGACUGGGGUGGCCCAGUCUCAGCAAUGACACUGCGAGGGUUUCAUGUUAUUACAUAUGUGAUGCAACACUAGGCAAUUCAAAUGCAACACCUGUCUCUGACAGGGAAAAUAGGAAAAAUAAAAUGGUGUUUUAUUUAGUCCUGCUAUAAAAACAAAUCCAGACUAAACUGAAAAAAAACAAACACAAAAUAAAAAUAAAAACUAGAAAUAUUUCAAAACUUUUUUAACUUUGGUGUGUAUUAUUUCUUUUUGAUUUCAGAGUUUUCCAGGAAUGUUUCUAUCAUUCCUCUCCAGCUGUAGAUCACACACAUAUGCCUGUCUGUGUACUGUAUUGUUUAUUAUGUCUAUAAAAUGUGCAUUUUUGUCCUCAUUCAGGCGGAUCAGCGUUUUGUCUGGAACGGUUACCUGCUGAGAGAGUUCAUGACGCAGCCAGAGGUCAGACUGGAUUACUGCUCUUUUUCCUUUCCUUUGACUUGUUGUGGAUGUUUUUACAUAACUGGUACUCUAAAUUACAAAAGUUUCAAACCUGUUUGGCUCGUCGUUUGAUGUACUAACUGAUGACCUUGAUUCAUUUUUUUGGUAAAUUUUUACUGUAAAAUCACUGCAGGUUUUUAAUGCAGUACCUCCUGAGGGGUCAAAGGUCACGGGUACUGAAGUGUUGGUUUUGGCUCUGCUGCUUACGUGCAGAGAUUUCUCUGAUUCUCUGAAUCUUUUGAUGAUUUUAUGGACUGUAGAUGAUCAAAUCUCCAAAUUCCUACACUUGUAAGUUGAGAAACCUUGUUUGUAAACUGUUGGAUUAUUUGCUCACACAGUUGCUGACAAAGUAGUGAACCUGGUCCCAUCCUUGCUUGUAAAGGACUGAGUCUUUCGGGGAUGCUCCUUUUAUACCCAAUCAUGACCCUCACCUGCUUUCAAUGAACCUGUUCACCUGUGAAAGGAUCCAAACUGGUGUUUUUGGAGCAGUCCUCAGUUUUCAGUCUUUUGUUGAUCCUGAACCAACUUCUUAGGAACAUGUUGCAGCAUCAAAUUCAAAAUGAGUGAAUAUUUACAAAAAAACAGCGAAGUUCAUCAGUUUGAACACUGAAUAUCUUUGUAGUGUAUUCAGUUGAAUAUAGGCAGAAAAGAACUAAAAAUCUUUGUAUUCUGUUUUUAUUCACAUUCUACACAACGUCCCAUCUUCACUGGAACUGGGCUUCAUGUAAUAAUAACUUUAAAGAGGACCCUCUUGGCUAACAGUGCCAACAGAGAGAUAAACAUUUCUCAAACAGAGCAGAUUGAGAUUUUGGACAGAUCAGAGCUCAUGGACCAACUAUCUAGCAGGAGUUUGUGCUGACUUCAACUUAGUGACUCAGCUCUAACACAAGAUCAGAUGUCAGAGAGCCACUCUCCAAGGUGGCUGUGGUGAGGAUGUGUCUCAAGCCUGAAAACAGCACCUACUGUAGAUGUUAGUAUCUAUGGACUGUUGAGGCAUCUCAUGAACUCAGAGAUUCAGGGUUGCAGAUUAAACUUGAAGUUUUACUCAGAAGGAUCAUAGACACUGAAUGUUCUGAUUCUGCUCUCCUCUUACAGCUACACAAGUUUGUGUUUCCUGUCAUCCACGGCUGUAUCCUUUACCUGCCAUUUCGUUUGUUUUUCCUGCAACAGACCCACACAAAGCUCAAGCAUGAGUCCAUGACAUCAGGAGUCAGGCUCCCCCCAGUGUUCAGAGUCAGAAUUACACAUAUUUAAAAGUAGACUUCCAGCUCUUUCUAUAGUGUGUGUGUGCGUGUGUGUGUGUAUAACUUUCCACAUCGGCCUUGUUGGUCUCUUAACUCUCCCGCUGGUCAGUCAUUGCUCUCAGGUUGAGCUGCAUCAAUGGGAAACUGUUUGAGUGGAGUAUUAUCUCCAGGAGGAGCUGCUUCAGAGCUGGAGUCAGAUACUACGUCAGAGGUAAAAAUGAUCUCCCCUCAACCCCUCAUUCAUCUUUGCUUUCCUCCAACACGUCUCUGUUACACACCUGAUUUCAGCUCCUCCUCUGUUUUUUUUUUUUUACAUAUUGAAAUAUAUCUGCAGCUGAUUUGUGACAGGAUGAAAUGAUUUUUGUUUUUGCUGCACAGGAGGACUAAACAUGUAAAUCAUAAUAUCCAUCGUACAGCAUGUUGAUUUAAAGGUAUUUUGAUUAUUUUCUCAUCUUUGUUGUCAUUCCUUCUUUAGCAGUGUGUUUUGUGUGUUUCUGUGUGCAGGCAUCGACACAGAGGGCCAUGCUGCUAAUUAUGUCGAGACGGAGCAGAUCGUUCAGUUCAACGGUGCCAAAGCUUCAUUUGUACAGGUGAGUAAGCACAGAGAGGCUGCAGCAGAGACUCUGUGGAGUCCAAAGAUCACAUUAAAAAAUUUCAACACUUUUCUGGACUGACAUCAUCAUGCCAAAAGCAUUUUUUUUAAAGAGAGGAUUUUUGGACCGCUUUGAGGCGAACCACCCCAGAGUUGGUGGUAACCAUCUUGAGAUGGCCCAAGGUUUGGGACAACGAGAAAUCCCAUCAAAAAAAGGUAGCAAAACCCAUCCUGAGGACUGGUUCUGGACCCGGCCUAAGUUUACUGAACCAAACUGAACUGCACACAUUGGCCCUCAUUUAUCAAGCUUGUGUACCGCAGAAAACUUAUGUACACUUUGUGUAUGUAAAUUGUGACAUGAGGAUCGACAUUUAUCAAUCUGCACAAGAGCGUACACUACCUCCAAAUCUCACGACAGGGGUGACAUUGUGUACGCAAGUUCGAGUUAGUGCAGAUUUGCGGUGCAGCAAACGUCUGUCUCAAAAUAAUUGAUAAACAAAAAUCAAACCUGUCAUUAAGCACAAUCAGCCAGAUUUCAUUAAAGAUUAAGACGUAAAUAAAAUAAAAUAAAAUAAAUUUGUUACGUCCUUAAUGAGUACGCCUAUUUGAUAACUCUGCCACAGAGCAGGAGCACCGUUUUAACAUUGCACACACACGCACAUGAGCCACUGUGGAGUGCUGCGUUUGACUCCUAAAAACGGCAGGUGUCUCUAUCUUGGCCCGGCGGGGACGUUGUUGUACACUCAUGAAAAGGUGUGGGACAUCAUUUGUGCCAGUACAGUUUUGCACAAUGUUACACUGGCGAAUGGAGUGCUGUUGGCUGUGCCGGUGCAACGUGAGGACCCGAUGCCCGGAGAACAAUAAUGAGGAGAGUCUGCUCUACAUUACAAAGACACAACAAAUUAAAACUAAAUACUUUUAAUAAUAGGAGCAACGUACUCUUUGUCAUGGCAAUAAACAAAUAUGAGGCAUGUAUGAGAUUUUAAUUUAUCAUCAUGAGCAACUUAUUGAUUAAUGAUUUAUUCAAACUUCAGUCAUUGGCCGCUAUUCCGCGGCAGUGCUGUUCACCACCACCAUAAUCCUGCUCCAGACAGGAGUUUUCUGGACUGCUUUUAUACCAGUUUUGAUGCUUCCAAAGAGAAAAUCCUUGUUAGUUUCCACCACAGACGUGAGGAUAUCCACUUUCAGCCCGGAAAAGUUUUGAAUCUUUCUAAUAUUUCUCCUCUUUCACGUUUGACCUCAGUGGGCGAGGCUUCUGAACCAAGAAUAUUUAAGGGCAUAAACAUGUUUAUGACGAUCAAUUUCAGCCGCCGCAUUUAUCAAGACCUGAUCAUACGGAUUGGUCAGAUACGAACCCUUUCAUAAAUCUCACGUGUGUCCUAUCGUACUAUGAAUCCUGCGCUCAUAUCUGCGCUCAGUUCUCAGUUUUUUCAGAUUGAUAAAUGAGGGCCAUUAUGUUUACAGUCGGUAAGAUCAAUACACACGUCUCUGUGUCCAAUCUGUUUUUGUUGAUCCAAAUAAACAUUAAAACAGUCCAAAAACUUCAGGUUGUGCACACAGAUCAGUUUACUAAAAAUAUAUAAAACCUCUUCAGUCUGUUGUGUCUCCACGGUCAGAAACUGUGACCCUCUGUGUGUGUGCAGCACUUACGCCGAUCAGUGCCACCUUUAAAUGCUUUCUGGGGGCUGUCCACAGACAAAAAAGACUAAAGAUUGAGUUUGAAGAUUGAGAAUUUGUCGAUUAAACUGUCACGUGCCAUUUUUUCUUCCAUUUCAGACCAGAGGCUCCAUCCCUUUCUACUGGUCCCAGAGACCCAACCUCAAAUACAAACCAAAACCACAGAUCAGCAAAACCAUCAACCAUGUGAGUGAAACGUGCUCCGACAACAGACACUGUGUGUUUAUCUUCAUUUUUCUCAUGCUGUCUUUUCUUUGUCCUCUGUUUCCUCUGGUAGUUGGAUGGAUUCCAGAGACACUUUGACUCGCAGAUCAUCCUCUACGGAAGACAAGUCAUUCUUAAUCUGGUAAGACACGUGGACGGACAGUGCUGCCCACAGAUUUAGACACAGCUUUAGACACACUUUUCUUUAUUUAUUGACUGUUCAUAGACAUUAUAGACAUUUGUAUUCAGGACACUGAAAUGACCAAGAAGCAGGUAAAAAGUUGUGCAGCUUACAAAAAAGUGUGAAACUUUUAGAUUCUUCAAUGUAAUUUUUGCACCUCUGUGUAACACUGUCUCUGGGUCCAAGUGGAUAUCAGAUAAAGGAUUUUCAAAAUGCUGUAGAGCUGUGUGCCUCAACGUUUUUAAAUAGGUCAGUGAAGAAAUUUGAAUUGAUAUUUAACAUCUUACAGUUAAUACUUGAUAUAUUGAGAUGGAAUAUUCUAUCAUAAGUAUUUUAUCUUAAAUGAUGACAUCUAUGCACUUGUGGAUAAAGGCACCACCCACUUUUAAAAGUGGGAAAAAGAAAUUGAUUAAAAAGUUCAAUUCAGAAAUCAAACAUUGAGUCAAACUUUAAUUAAUCAAUCUCAUAUCUUCAGCCAAAAUUCUCAUUUCAGGGACUCCACUUCCAGAAGAACACUAACGGACAAGAACUUAGAAAAAUAAAUGAUCUGUUUAUAGAUAAAGUUACAACAUACAUUCAAUAAAUGAGGAUAAGGUAGUAGAGAUAAACAAUAACCGAUGAAUCAAAGAUUCUGAGUCAGGCUAGGAUUACUAAAGUUAAUGAUAGUGAGUGAAUGUGCUCUAACAUAUUAACCUACAUAUUUUGGUGUCAAGAUAAAUUUGGAUGUAGAUUUGGAUGGAUUUAGGAUCACUUGAAUAAGUGAUUUUUGAAUCGUGAAUGCAUGAGACAGCAUCAGCCCUGUUUGGAACUCUGGAGGUUUGCUUACGUAGGUGAGGCUGGUCCUAGGAGAGGAUGGAGCAGGUUCACAGAAGUUCCGGGUUUCCGGCGGUUUGAGAGGUCCGGCUCAACAGAGGACCGAAAUCAGACAAAAGAUGGGUCAGGAGUCACAGUCAUAAAAUACCCACAUGUGUUUUUUGUUGGCAGAUCAACCAGAAAGGCUCAGAGAAGCCUCUGGAGCUCGCAUUCGAUAAGAUGGUGAGCAGUCUGGGGAACGGCAUGAUCAAGUAAGAUCCCCACCUGCUGUUCCGUGCAUUUCCGCUCUCUUAUAAGGAUCACUCUGAAUUUGUGAAAUGCUCGUCCUUCUUGCAGGUAUAUUGCCUUUGACUUCCAUAAGGAAUGCAGUCGGAUGAGGUGGCACCGAUUACAGCUCCUCCUUGACAUGGUGGCAGACAUGCAGGAUGAGUUUGGGUCAGUCAGCUUGUGGUUUAUGUGUGAGUGCAGGUGAUAUAAAUUUGUGUACUUCAGAAGUAACUCUACGAUUAAACGUGUGCGUCUGUGGUCAGGUACUUCUUGGUGGAUGCAGACGGCACAGUGUUGUUGAGUCAGGAGGGGACAUUUCGCAGUAACUGCAUGGACUGUUUGGAUCGAACCAACGUUAUCCAGAGUCUACUGGCCCGACGCUCGCUGCAGUCUCAGCUCAGUGUAAGUAGCACUAUAAGAUUAUUUCGGGUGGUUUUGUUGGCUUGUUUUUGUCUGGUCUUGAGCUUUUAAUAAUUUAUCAUUUGUGUUAAUCUGAAUGUGAUGUUUGCAUGAGUGGACCACUGGGGAUUCAAACAGACAAUCAUCAAAUGAAUUAAUCUUGAAAAUGCCAUCACAAAGAUGAUCAACUCAGUCACAGCAUCUUGAAGAAUUUUAUUGACGGUCAUGUGGGACAAGGCUGACAGGACUACUGCAUGAAUAUCUCAGAACUUUGCUUUUUGUACUGUAGUUUAUUUGGACUAAUCAGAAUCAAGUUUUAACAUAGCUGAGUUAUAAAGCAAAAAAAUGACUUCAAAAUGUCCUUCGAUUAAAAGUCUGGUGCAAAAACCCUUUUUGGUUCAUACGUCACCUCUGACGCUGAGGUUGGUCCGCUGCUUGUCUCAACAAAACUGGUGAUGUCUGGCAUGUGUACACAGUCAGGAUGAAGUGAAAAAUAAUGUACAUUCAGUUCAAAGCCUAAAAAUACUUCAUAAUUUUAAUUUUUUUCCAAGUCAUUUCAUUCUCCUAGUCAAACACUGUAAAACAAAUGGAUAUUUUAAACAAAACAAACAAAAACAAAAAUAAUUGAAAUGAUUUACGCUGGUUAUUUGUCCGUUACGUGUCUAAAGACUGUCCUCCUGAUGUUUGAUCAGGCUGACGGUGCCCUCUGGUGUUCAAACUGAGCAGGAAGAAAGCAAAGGAUCCACCUGUAAUGUGUACACCUGUUAUGUCUGUGUGCGCCUGCAGAGAAUGGGAGUCCUCCACAUGGGUCAGCUGGUUGAAGAGCAGGCAGACUUUGAGAAGAUGUACAAGAAUGGUGAGAUAUACCUCUAAACUUGAUAAGCAGACUCACUUUAAAGGUGAGUGAUUUUGACCUGUGUGUGUGUGUGUGUGUGUGUGUGUGUGUGUGUGUGUGUGUGUGUGUGUGUGUGUGUGUGUGUGUGUGUGUGUGUCUUUUGACAUACAGCGUGGGCAGAUAACGCUGACGCCUGUGCCAAACAGUACGCAGGAACUGGAGCCUUAAAGACCGACUUCACCAGGUGCGACCCCACAAAUAAAGCACACACACACUAACUCUAAACUCAGCGACAGAGUAAAAAGUCUGAAAGUGUCUGAAACCAAGUUAAAGCUAAAAGACAAGAGUUCACUUCUCUAAUGAACAAAAAUGUGCUCUUGGAAGUUUGAAAAUUCAGCUGCAGCAGGAGAGUCAAGUGACAAUUCAGAUCCUACUGACUCCUAACUAAGAUGUUCCUGAUUGGUCAGGACAGGGAAGAGGACUCAGUGGGGUCUGCUGAUGGACGGCUGGAACUCCAUGAUCAGAUAUUACAAGAACAACUUCUCUGACGGUUUCAGACAGGUGAGCCUCGCCAUUUUUGAUCUGUCAUAUGCAGUCGACAGUGGUGUGAAAAAAGUCUUUGCCCCCUUCCUGAUUUCUUAUUUUUUCGCACAAGUGAACACAAAAUGCAGUUUUUAAAUGAAGGUUUUUAUUAUUAAGGGAGAAGAAAAAUCCACACCGACAUGGCCCUGUGUGAAAAAGUGAUUGCCCCCUAAACCUAAUAACUGGCUGGGCCACCCUUAGCAGCAACAACUGCGUUUGUGAUAACUCGCAAUGAGUCUCUUACAGCGCUGUGGAGGAAUUUUGGCCCACUCAUCUUCAAAGAUGUCACAUGACUUACCUUUUAUGCACUUAAACAGGUGUCUGUAAUUAGUUCACUAUGUUCUGACAAAGACUCUGGUGAGUCAAAACGCCUGGACACUAGCCCUACAAAAUAAAUGUUUAGACAUUGUUUGUCGUUCUGAGGAGCACAUGACCCUCCACGGAUAGUCCGACCUCACGCAGUACUCGCCCUCAUGGUUUUCUAUCAAAUAAAAUGUGUGUUUCAUAAAACAAUAUAUUUAAGUUUUAACAUUUCAUACAUUGUCUUUGCACUGUUGUUGAUUAAAAAUAGGAUUUAAUCAUUUAAGCCAUUAGAGACAUGUUGGUAAAAGCCUUGGAAAACCUUGGCGGCAGACUGUCCUGAAAUUUUCUAGAACUUUUCAGAAAUAUGUGGAAAGAAUUUGAGUGAUUUUGUGGCUUUUGAAAAGGACCACAUAUAAGACUUGACGCUUCCAGACAGCUUGAGUCUGAUUCAGUAUGUAGAGUUGGUAUUAAAAGACUUGGUGAAGUACAGAUCAGAAUUACAGCAGAGUCAAACAGUGUGUUUGAUGCAGGACUCCAUCGAUAUCUUCCUGGGGAACUAUGCUGUGGAAGAAGGUGAUUGGACGACUCCACUGAGAGACCCCAAAGACUGGAAGUUCCUCACGGUAAAAUCAGAUCAGAGAGACGGAUUAAUGAUUUUACUCAGACUCCUUCCAGCAGCUCAUGACCUUUUUGUUCUGUCUUUUUUCAAGCUGCCAAUAAUCAUGGUGGUGGCGUUCUCCAUGUGCAUCAUCUGCCUGCUCAUGGCUGGUAAGACAAACUGCACAGAUCAGGUUGAAACUGGAGCAUUAAAACAGAGAAACAGGAGAGUUUAGGCUUUAGGGUUUGGAUUACCUUCACUGACUCUAUGUCUGCUGCCCCCUACAGGUGACACAUGGACAGAGACUCUGGCUUAUGUCUUGUUCUGGGGAACAGCGAGUGUGGUGACAGGCGGGCUGAUCCUCUUUAAUGGUCUGGACUUUGUUGAUGCGCCAAAGCUGGUCCAGAAGGAGAAGCUGGACUGAAUGUGUGUGUGUGGAAAGCAGCUUGGCCCUGGAGAGCUCGCCGCCUCUUCAUCACUCUACCCCUCCCAGCAUCAUCAUCAUCACCAUCAAGGCUGGAGCCUGUACUGACUGAGGCAUGAGAGGAGGAAGAGGAGGAGGAGGAUGGGGUGGGGGGGUGGGGGUAUGGCGGGUUACUAGGGACGGCCUCCUGCACCACGCCGGAGCAGAGAGAGACUGAGGGUGCGGAGGUCGGCUGCUGUCCACACUGCAGUGUUUUCAGGUCGACAAGACUGUCCAUCUGUCUGCUGGUAUUACUGGAACCAGUGGACUUAGUUCUUACUGGAUGUCACAGAUGUCAGGGGGGGACUGGGGUUUGUCCCACUUUGGUUCCCUUAUAGACGCUGAGGGAUCAGAUCAGCUGCUGUGGUCUCACAGCUCAGCUGUAAAUGAAUUACUGUAUGAACUCUUCAUCUGCCUUCUUUAUUUUUGCUCUUUUUUUUGUUAUUAUGUACAGAUCAACUGGUCCGAGGUGGACUCUGUCCGUAUGUCAAGACCAGUAAGGGUCCAUAAAGCUCAGAGGAAUCUCCUUCUUUUUCCACAGUUCAAAUCAGAGCCAGUCUACCAUUGGACAUCCUCACCGUCCUAAAUGUCUCACGCUAACCCGCUGAUAGGUGCACAUGAUUAGUCUUUGUUGUUUGUUUUGGGGGAAUUCAGGUAUUUAAACACCUUGGCCCGGUUUUCUAACAUAUAUUUGGGUCUUCAUCGUAGGAAGGAAAAGUUUCUGAAUUGAUCCAGUGUGUUUCCUCAGCUGUGAAACAAGCUGUAAUGGCAGCCUUGUUUGCGAAAAGUCAAAGUGAGUUUUGGAAAAGAUUUUCUGCCUGAAAAGUCUGAAAGCUCUCUUUCUCACAUGCAAGCCCGGCAAUUUUCCGAUAUUUAAAGACAGUCUUUCCCAGAAAUUUGAUUCACACAUCUGUCACAGCUUGGAGUUUACCCUGAUUGAUGGGGAGAGUCCCAGGAGGCAGGUGAUGACGUAAAAAGAAUGCUGAAAUAUUAAGCAGAUGGCCUGGAUGGCAGUGCAGCGCAGUCUGACUCUAUGCAGAUAAAGAGCCAGUGUAGUUGGUGCGAGUAAAGUCACCUUUGCUCAUCCACACUUGAAUUAUUACUAUGUUCAUGUAAGCCUACAGCGUUGGUCAAAUGUUGCGUCUUAGCAACAUUGUUCUCAGCCUAAACCUGUUACAGCCUGGUGUAUACUCUUAGGUUCCAGCUUUGCUGUAGUGACCCACGCCUUUCCAAGUUCUGCAUAUUAUUGCAUUGGUGUGUCCAUGUUGCUCUGCUGUACUAAACACUAAAUUUCUCGCCAUAGUGCCAGUCAGGGGUCCCUGCCAAAUUCUCUGCAUGUUUAUGUACAGGAAACCAUGGCAACUUAACCCAAGUGUCUUACUGUGGAGUUGAUAUGUUACGCAGUUGUUAUCGCAAAGAGGAGAAAAGAGGAGACGCCGAAGGAGACAGAGUUUGUGGCUGAUGUACGGCAACACCUGAAAUGUUGUAAAGGAAAUAUAAUGCCACCCAAUGGACCAAUCACAGGGCGUGUGUUUUGACGUGCGUUUACAUUUUUGAGAAGGCGCACGCCAGGUUACGUAUGCAAGUUUCUGCUUAAGGUUCAGGGCUACAUGAAUCUAUGUUGUAUGCUGCAGUGUAGAUUGAAUGCAGAAGUGUAACCAGGCCUGAGUGUCUGAGAACAUUACAGAGACGAGCCGUGUAGGGAGAGAGCUUUUUGUUAAAGAGGAAGACGCUUUCCUCAACUAGAGACAGCCAAUGCACAACUCACAGGAAAACAGGAGUUUAACCUCACAGGACAUGGGAGUUGCUGCUCUACUGCUGCCCUCAUUGAUAGAUGUUUAUCUCUCACAAAGAUCAGAGCUAACUGCUUGAAACAAGAGGGCCACAAAAUAACAACUCACUGACAGUUUCAGCAGCAACUCCUAAACUGUGGGAGGUGUUUCAAAUCAAAGAUCUAUGCCACUCUCUGUGUCUACAGCUGCCUAAGAGGGUAAAUUUACCGUCACUGGUUGUUACACGAAUGUUAGGAUAUAGCCUAACAAAACACUGAAACUACAAAGUCAAACAGCAAGACCAAAACUAAGCAGAGAGGGUAGCCAUAGAGCACUAACUCCUGUGUUCAGUGGGACUACAAUGUUUUUUUCAGCAUAGUCUGCUUUGUUUGUAGACGGUGAUGUAUCAGCUGUUUGAGGUGAAAAACUCCUCCUCUAUGACAAAAAACUCCUCUCUGCAGGGAUCCUGUCUGAGCUUAUGAGGCACAAAAACAAGAAUUUUUUGUGGCACACUUUGAUCUUUUAAGGAAUAUGAUGCAGACAUUACAGACAGUUUACCUGCUGCAGGAUGAAACAAUCAGCUGCAGACAUUCAGAAACUUUUUUGUCCUGUUUGUCAGUAAGACCCCGAAAUGUGUGAAAACAACAUCCAUGGUUGAAAGUACAGGAAUUCCAGCGCUUGGUCUAAAGGAAAACACCAGUGUGUGGUCAAACAGUUUGUCCGGCAUUCACGGUAGUUCAUAAAGCUGGGUCUAAAGAACCCUCAUUCAGAAGUUUUAACCUGGUCAUUAAACCAGAUUCAUUCCUGCAUUCGAGUAGCAUUGUGGGGUUUUUUACAUAAAGUGCAUUUGCUCUUUUACAUGUUUUAAACAAGGUUGUUGGGCUUUGUGGGAUGUUUUCUUCAUCAGUAUUAUAUGAUGGAAAUGACUGCUGUUAAAUGAUGUUCACUUCUUCUUUUUGAGCCUGUUAACAUAUCUUCGGUACUUCUUGGAUACGAAUGUUAACAAUGUUGUGGUUAAGUUGAUCUUUUUGGUUCAUUGUUUUUUGCUGCCAGUCACAUCUUGUUUGCAGUUUAAGAAGGAGCGACCAAAUGCAUCACUACCUUUUGUCUCUGUAAGGUUUGGUUCAUGUGUCUUUCUGCUGGUAAACCCUCGUAUGAACAGAUUGAGGCCUGUACCGCUGAUUAAAGAGGAUAACUCUGCCUUAAUCGAAAUGAACCUGACAUUAAAUAUGAAACUAAAACUAAGUCUAAUAAAAUAUAUUACUGAAAGAAAAGG